AUGGAGCCCUCCGAGGCGCCAUCGCUGAUGCUGCAGGCCGAGAAGGCUCUGCCGCAGCCUGUCCGCCCUCACUUCGUAUCUUACUGCCCGACGAUGGACUUGGUCGCCGUGAUUACCCAAGACGAGGCUCUGGACGUCUACAGGCUGAAUGGCCAACGCGCAUUUGGCCUCAAGCGCAAGACGCUCGAGAGCAAGGUCGAUUCCAUGUGCUGGAAGUUCAACGGCCAGCAUAUUGCCGUCGCAUGGGAUGACGGCUCUGUGGACAUCGUGUCAUCGGAAACGGGCAAGACAGUCAAACAGGUCCGUCGCGAGGCUGCGAGCUUCGCCGCCGACGACGAGACCCCACCACGCAUUUCGUCGCUCGCAUGGGGCGUUAACUUCAUCGACGUCGCCGCUGUGAAGGAGCGUACUGGAGUCAGGGCCCCCGGACCCAGCCAUUUGUCCGCCCCGGGUGACGACCUGUUCGACACAACCGAAGACUGGGAUCAGAAGAAAGAAGAAGUUACCCUUGACGAUUUCCUCGAACGCCAACCGGACUUGAUCAAAUUGGGCAUUGCGCCAGACCUUCCAGACCAGAUUGCGCUGAUAGACGUGCAAGAUGCUCUCCCAAAGCUCCCGCUCAUCCCAGCUCCUCCAGCAAACCCCUUCCAGAUGAUGGCAAAGGCGAAGGCGACGGACGCUUUCAGCUCCCAGCAGUCCAUUGACGCAAUAUUCCAUUCGCAGCACAUGCGGGACAGUAAUGCCGUAGAUGUACUGCUCAUAGGUUGCGACAAUGGAGCUGUCAGUCCUACGAUAUAUGAUUCCCUGGAGAUUGGCGGCAUGCGGAUACCCUCAGAGUGGUCUUUGAUCAACCAGACGCCGCUUCUUCACGCCUCGCAUCCGUAUUCUUGCAGCCACUUGUCUCUCAUAGAGAUGAAGAGCGAGUCAUGGGAGAGACCGCGCAUCGCACUUGUGCCUCUAACUCUUCGCUUCAUCCCCUCGAACGGAAUCUACCUCCACCUUAUCGCGUCCAAGACUGCACAGCUACAAAAUCUUCUGCAGUAUCUGCAAUCGUGCCUUCGAACCAUUGUCGCCUACUUCCACAAUGCGCGGGACCUGCCUUCGAGGUUCAUGAGGAACAUCAGCGAGACAUUGGACGAAAAGGGAGAAGGUGAUCUAAUCUCGAGCUUGUACCAUGUGGCUGCAACCGGACACUGUCCUCCGACUAUUAAGGAGUGGUUGGGCCACAAGCGAUGGGACCAAGCAGCAAGCCAGGGCUACACCAAGGUACUGGAGAUAACCCACGAGAACAUCAUACCAGCAAUCGACCGCACAAGUAUUGUAGUGAGCAUGCUCCGUGGCCUUGCCCGCUACUCAGGGUCCAGUAAAAUCAUCAAUGUCCCCCCAGAGGAGCUCAGCAAUAUCCUCGAUACGCUUCGCUGUCUUCGUCUCCUUGCACACAAUGUGCUCAUCUACGCCGGGGAAGAGAGACGUCAAUUCGCUGCUUUCUCGAAAUGGCUCCGCCACGAAAUUGACACACAGGCUUCCGAUCCCGCCUCGCAAUCCGCGGAAGAGGCAGCUGAGAGAGACCCUGGCCUUGACCAUGGCCUGUUGCUCGCCUAUAUUCCUGGCGCUCUAACCAAAAGCAAGCUUGCGCCAUUCCUGAGACGUCAAGCAGAUAUUCUUGAUCCCAGACCUGAACUGCUGGCAUAUGAGCACGUAAAGCUAAAUAUGAACAUCCAUCGCCAUGACGGGUCGAUUCCGGAUGGAAGCCUGUGUGCUUGGACCCUUCAAGAGAUUCUGCAAUCACAAUGCCGAGAGCUUUUCGCUCAGAUGACGGCAUGGCAAGCAAAAAACAGCAGCAUGGAUUGUGGACUGGUGUUGGAAGACGGUGCUGUGUCCGAGGCUAGAGACGUGAGGAUGGUUUUCGAGAAACUGGAGGAUUCGUCGGACAUAUCAACCUUUUUGAUUCUUGCUCCCCAAGAAGCCAAAAGUGAAGUCCGGCUUCAUCGUAUUGUACACGGCGAUGUGUUCAAUAAUAUUACGAACUCUGUCCACUCCAUGCAGGCCGUUACAAUCAAAUUCCACGGCUGCGUGAUCGUAGAUCUCAAGUUCGUCGACGACAGCACCUUCAUGGUCCUCCUUCGCAGAGAUGACGCCUCUUAUCUUCUUUCCCUCCCCUACUCAGCUUAUGCUACGGAUCGGACCCCCAGCACUCUUCAUCAUUCAUCAGAGUUUCUGUCCCAAUCUGCAAGCCAAUACUCUCUGCCUGAUGGCGCGCCUCCGCCCGACGACUCUCGCCAAACCUGGAGCAUGGAUACGCCUGAUUCCUGGGCGCCGUUCGUCAGACACGUGUUCCUCUCGAGCGAGCGGUUCACACCGGUUAAGAUCGAUAUCAACGGCCGCAAAGAUAGGCGCGUCAUAUGCGUUUUGAGCAAUGAUCUCAAGCAUUACAAGAUAUAUGACUUGGACUACGACAGUGGGAAAGAAGGAGAGGGAGAUACAACAGUGGAUACGAUCAUGAGUGGCUAA